AAAAAAGGUGAAGAUAACAUGUUCCCUUCGUACUAUACAUGUGUUCGAGUCAAGUGUCCAGAUUGUAAGCAUCAUGAAGGACAACACACCACCCAGUUCUCCUAACCAGUCCUUGCAGGAACUUGGGGAAGAGAUUGAUAUUGGUGAUAUAGAAGAGGUGAUUGAGCUGACCGAUGAGGCAUCGGACGAGGGCGAGAGCGAGGAAGAGUUGGGAGCAGAGGGAGGACUUGAGAGAGUGGAGGAGGAGAUGGAGGAGGAUGUUGUAGACAUGGCAACACUGACCUUUAGCAAGCACCAGGGUUCGGUGUUUACCUGCUCAGUCUCCCCUCGAGGAGAUCUUGUAGCCACAGGAGGGGAGGAUGACCAGGCAUAUGUGUGGGACAUCACCAGUGGCAAUGUUCUUUUCACUUGCGCAGGGCACAAGGACAGCGUGGUCUGCGUCAAAUUCAAUCACGACGGAUCACUCUUAGCUACAGGGGACAUGAGCGGUUACAUCCAGGUUUGGAAAGUGGAAGGAGCAACAAAAACAUGGGAUUUUGAAACCGGAGACCUUAGUUGGUUGACAUGGCAUCACGCAUCCAAUGUGUUGUUGGCAGGAACCACAGAAGGUGAGCUGUGGAUGUGGCUUGUGCCCAAGGGAAACGCCCGAACCUUUCCCAGCUACGGAUCAGCCUCGCAAUGUGGAGCUCUGCUGUAUGAUGGUAAGAGGGCAGUGUCAGGCUACGAGGAUGGGUCUGUGCGUGUGUUUGACCUAAAGACGGGUCAGCAGAUCAGCUCCCUGACAGAUGGCCUGGCACACACGAGCCCAGUGGCCAGCAUUGCAACCCACAAAGACAACACCAUGACCAUCUCUGGCUCGCUGGAUGGGACAGCAAUACUCUACAAUACUAUCAGUGGAAAGGUGGUUGGAACUUUCAACUGCAACAUGGCACCCACGCCCUCAGACGAAAGCAUAGAAGUGGACCACACAGUCGAGGCCGUGGGAUUCUGCCCAACUAUUCCCAACAUCGCAGUCACAGCCACCUUGUCUGGCUUUGUCACAAUAUGGGAUGUAUCGACACAGGUCAGUCGGCAUGUCAUAGCACAGGGUGCAGGAACGUCACAUCUCCUGUGGCACCCAAGUGAGCCCAUUGUGUUCUCAGCCGGACUGGAUGGAGUGGUACGUUCCUAUGAUGUGCGGUCGGGAGAACAGCUUGCCAAAUACACUGGACAUCACAAAGGCAUAUUGUCCUUUGACAUUUCAAAGAACGGUUCAGCAUUGGUUACUUCCUCUGAUGAUGCCACAGCGAGAGUGUUCAAGAUUUUGUGAUUGUUCAUUAAAGUGUAGAAUUUU